GAGUCUGCGACGGGGCGGGCGGGAGGGCAUGAUGGGCGUGGCUGCAGGUCGCCCUUCCCCAUUUGCGGACUCCACCCCACUGGGUCUGACCCUGGAACUCCAGGGCUAUCUUUGACUGGUUCCAUAUCAUCGUUAUCCGCACCCGGACUUCCAUCCAGGCACGCACUCCAACGUGGCAAGAAUCAAAGUUCUCAAACUAUAGAUCUGGCGAUCUGGGCAGAAAGAAACCCAGAGGCUGCGUCUGCUGCUGGUAAGGCUCUGACCACUUCAGGGGUCAGGGAUUCGCGGUUCUCCGUGGGUCUGGACGGGUAGCCAGAACUCCAGAGAGCCCAGGACUCUUCGUGGCCAUACCCUGUUAGGCUGCAUUGCCAGAUUCCCUACCAAGUCAGCUUCACUCAGAGCCCUCACAGAGACCUGGAUUCAGCACACAAUCUACAGGAUUCCCUCAAAGCGACUCUUUACCUCCACAGAUAUCCCCUUUGAUGUGAGUCAUGGUAGCGCCUAUGAAGGGCCAAGUGUGUGUGGUAACUGGUGCCUCCAGGGGUAUUGGCCGUGGCAUUGCCUUACAGCUUUGCAAAGCAGGUGCCACAGUUUACAUUACCGGCCGCCAUCUGGAUACGCUUAGAGCUACUGCCCAGGAGGCACAGUCCCUCGGGGGCCGGUGUGUACCCGUGGUGUGUGAUUCAAGCCAGGAGAGUGAAGUGAAAAGCCUGUUCGAGCAAGUAGAUCGGGAACAGAAAGGGCGGCUAGAUGUUCUGGUCAAUAAUGCCUAUGCUGGCGUCCAGGCAAUCCUGAACACCACCAACAAGUCUUUCUGGGAAGUGCCUGCCUCCAUUUGGGAUGACAUAAACAAUGUUGGACUCAGAGGCCACUACUUAUGCUCUGUGUAUGGGGCACGGCUGAUGGUGCCAGCUGGCAAAGGACUCAUCGUGAUUGUCUCCUCCCCUGGGGGGCUGCAGCAUAUGUUCAAUGUCCCUUAUGGUGUGGGCAAAGCUGCGUGUGACAGACUGGCUGCUGACUGUGCCCAUGAGCUACGGCGUCACGGAGUCAGCUACGUGUCUCUGUGGCCAGGGCUGGUGCAAACAGAAAUGGUGAAGGAGUUUAUGGCAAAAGAGGAUACUCCUGAGGACCCUCUAUUUAAGAAGAUGAAACCAGAUUUCUCAUCAGCCGAAAGUCCAGAAAUGAGUGGCAAGUGUGUGGUGGCCUUGGCAACAGACCCCAAUAUCCUGAACUUGAGCGGGAAGGUGCUGCCGUCCUGUGACCUUGCUCGGCGCUAUGGCCUUAAGGAUAUCGAUGGCCGCCCUGUCAAAGACUACUUUUCUCUGGGCUAUGCCCUCUCACAAGUCUCCAGCCUGGGAUGGCUGAACUCCUUCUUGCCUGGCUUCCUCCGUGUACCCAAGUGGGUCGUCACCCUCUACAACAGCAAAUUCUAACCUCCUGACCUGCCAUCCCAGCCCUUCCAGAACCUCGUCUUAUUGAGGCUCAGGUGGGUGGGGCUGUCUUGGUAGAACAAACCCGCUUUCCCACAUACUCAUGCCCUCACCAUGAAGAGAAGGUGGCUGCAGGAAGUCUAGUGCAUUCUGGGGGCUCUGGUAGGUUCUUUGUGCCUUUUCCCUGUCUCUACAUCUUAAUAUUUUGCUUGAGUAAUUAUAAGUGCUUAUAAAUAGAAGUUAAUAAAGGUCUCAUCUCCCCUUCAA